AUGUUUGAGUCUGGAAAGGAGAUGAGUAUAUACAGGGUUAUCAACAGAUGCUUAUCAGACUUUUGCCUCGUGGCCAUAGCGGCCAAUGACGGGCACGAAGGGGGCCGGGAUGAUGCUGCAGACUUAUCAGUCUUGAUGACCUCCUCAUUUCCUUAUCGGGGCACGUCCCAUAGCCUCAUGCAUACUAAUCCCCCCGGAUUUCCUUCCCUGUCAUUUAUCUCAAGCUCAUGCUACCCUCUCGGAGUCUCCGGGACCCUGUCCCCCGCCACCUCCGACAAUGGGGGCCCAUUAGCUUCAUUGGCAUGUCUCAGAACCCUCCCAGAUAGUACCAGGGCUAACAUUCCACCAGCAUACUGGAUCUCCGACGCCUUCAACGCCGCCACCUGGCAAUUCGCCAGUAGCAUGAUGGCCGUAGGCCUCGGCUGGAGCGACGCCGUCAUCAUCGUCGCCAUCUCCUUCUUCAUCAUCUCAUUCGUCAUCGCCGGAAAUGGCGCCGUGGGCGCCAUCUACCACGUCCCGUUCCCUGUCAUCGCCCGCGCCAGCUGGGGCUUCUGGGGCUCGUACAUCGCCAUCGUGUCGCGGGUCAUCCUGGCGCUGUUCUGGUUUGCCAUUCAGAAUGUUAACGGUGCUAAUGCUGUGCGGGCUAUGAUCGGGGCUAUUUGGCCUAGUUUCCUUACGUUGGAGAACGAUAUCCCUGAGGAUCAGGGUAUUACUACGAAUGGGAUGGUGUCGUACUUGAUCUUCUGGCUGGUGCAGUUCCCGUUCCUGUGUAUUCAUCCGAAUAAACUCCGGUGGUUGUUUAUGGUGAAAUCCGUGCUGGUGCCGAUUGCCUGGAUCGCGAUCUUUAUAUGGGCGUUUGUCGCCGAAAGUGGUGGAGGAUUACUCCACCAGAAAGCGACGGUGUCGGGGUCGAAAUACAGCUGGCUGUUUCUCGCCAAUAUGACCAGUGUACUAGGGAACUAUGCAACACUCAGCGUCAACCAGUCCGACUUCUCGCGCUACUCCCGCGUCACCGCAAAAUGGCAACUCCUCUACAUCCCCAUGCUCCCCAUAAUCUUCACCUUCCUCUCCUUCAUCGGCAUCGUGGCCUCCAGCGCCGGCCAAGCCCGCUACGGCGGCUCCAUCCCCUGGGACCCCAUCGACCUAAUCAGCAACUGGAGCAGUCGCGCCUGCCGAUUCUUCGCCGCCUUCAGCUUCGCCCUCGCCGCCCUGGGCGUGAACAUCUCCGCCAACUCCCUCUCCGCGGCUAACGACCUGACGGCCCUCGCACCGGGGUAUAUCAAUCUCCGGCGCGGGCAGAUCAUCUGCGGGCUAUUGUCUUGGGGCUUGGUUCCGUGGAAGAUACUGGUCUCGGCGGGGAAUUUUCUCAAUUUCAUGUCUGCUUAUGCUAUCUUCCUGGGGCCUAUUGCGGGGAUUAUGUUGUUUGAUUUUUGGGUGCUUAAGGAGAGGAAAUAUGAUACUUUGGCGUUGUAUCAGCGGGAGAAUAGGACUUAUGGGUAUGGGGGUUGGGGGGUGAAUUGGAGGGCUGUGGUUGCUUUUGUGGUGGGUGUUGCGCCGAACUUGCCCGGGUUGAUUAAUUCCGUUAAUAGUGAGAUUGACGUGGGUGUCGGUGUGCAUCCAUAUCAGUUUGGAUGGCUUUUGGGGUUUGUGGCGACGAGUCUUGUGUAUGUUGUUGUUUCGUUGGUGUUUCCGGCUAGGGAGUCCCUGGUGGACGUGGCGGUUAUGCCGGAGGAGGUUUAUGAUGCUAGGGAGAGGGAGGACGGGGAUGGAAGUUUGGAUAGUCAGGAGAAGGUGAUGAGAGAGAAGGUUGAGGCUUAG